AUGUUUGGGGUGAUGAAUCUGCGCCAGAACAAUCUCUCAGGCCUUAUCCCGGAUAUGUUUCCAGCAUCUUGUGCUCUGAGGACUCUUGAUCUCCAUGGAAAUAAAUUAGAAGGGCAUAUUCCAAAAUCUGUUGGUAAUUGCACAACACUAGAGGUGUUGGACCUUGGGAACAAUCAAAUUACAGAUGGAUUUCCAUGUUCGUUGAAGAACCUAUCCACUCUCCGUGUGCUAGUAUUGCGAGAUAACAACUUCCAUGGCAACAUUGGAUGUCCAAAAACCAGUGAUACAUGGAAAAUGCUUCAGAUUGUUGACCUGGCCUUUAACAAGUUUAAUGGUGCUCUACCUGGAAAAUGGUUCAGAACAUGGGAGGCAAUGAUGGAUGAUGAAAACAAGGCUGAUUCUGGGGUAAAUCAUCUCCAAUUUGAGGUACUUAAAUUUCGUACGAAAUAUUACCAGGAUUCGGUAACAGUUACAAGCAAAGGUCUAACGAUGGAGUUAGUUAAGAUUCUAACUAUCUUCACUUCCAUCGACUUUUCAUCUAACCAUUUCGAAGGAGAAAUACCGAAAGAACUGUAUGAUUUCAAAGCACUCUAUGUGCUUAACUUAUCGAACAAUGCUCUUUCUGGACAGCUUCCAUCAUCUAUAGGGAAUUUGAAACAUCUUGAGUCACUAGACCUGUCAAAGAACUCAUUACAAGGAGAAAUUCCCACUGAGCUUGCAAGUUUGAAUUUCCUUUCAGUCCUGAAUAUCUCCUUUAAUCAGCUGCAGGGAAGAAUCCCCACAGGUACUCAAAUCCAAUCAUUUCUCAACACUUCCUUCGUUGGUAAUAACGGAUUAUGUGGACCCCCUUUGACUGCAAACUGCAGUGCUACUCAUGACACAUUCAAUUCACUUGGGCAGCAAGAUUCUGCAAUUGAUUGGAAUUUUAUUAGUGUGGAAGUUGGUUUCAUUUUUGGCCUUGCUGUUGUCAUUGGUCCCAUCUUGUUUUGUAAGAAAUGGAAGCUCAAGUAUUGGCAAUUUCUGGACAGAGUUCUUUGUUGGAUCUUUCCUCAGCUGAGUUUGGAAUAUGAAAGGCGUGGAGGGCAAAGUUACAAUGUUCUGGUAUGGAGGAGGUACUAG